AUGAGGCUGUCGCCUCAACAAAAUCCAAUACUUGACUCCAGUGGUGUCAUUAGAGUAGGUGUAAGGCUGAGCAGAUCAGAGCUCGCCUACGAGCAGAACUAUCCAAUUCUGCUACCUAAAAAACAUCAUGUCACCGAAAUAAUCGUCAGACAUGCACACCAGGAGCAUGCACAUGCGGCAGUAUCAGCUACGCUAUAUGCAUUACGACAGCGCUUUUGGAUAAUGGGCGGACGCAGCUAUAUUCGCCAACUCCUCUUCAAAUGCAUUCCAUGUAUCAGAGCAAAGCCGCCUGGUAUCGACUACGUCAUGGGCGACUUGCCAGAAGCAAGAGUCACCAAGGCAAGACCUUUCCUCGACGUUGGCGUGGAUUACUGCGGUCCCUUCAUGGUGAAAGAGAAGAAGUAUCUCACUAAGUCAGUUCACCUGGAGCUGGUCAGUGACAUGACCACGGCAGGUUUCAUGGCAGCACUACGCCGCUUCAUCGCUAGAAGAGGCAGGUGUCAACUCAUUCAGUCAGACAACGGGACCAACUUUGUCGGGGCCAAUAAUGAAAUGACUGAACUCAUCACAACACUUCGUUCCGAAGCCCACAACAAAAAGGUGAAUAAAUUCCAGAAUGAGAAAGGAAUCAAGUGGCGCUUUAUCCCACCAGCAUCACCGCAUUUCGGCGGCGUCUGGGAAGCCGCCGUGAAAUCCUUCAAGCACCACCUAAGGAGAGUUGUGGGCCCAGAGCUGCUAACCUUUGAAGAAUUGAACACGUUCAUCACCGAGAUUGAAUCCAUUCUCAAUUCUCGCCCACUCACUCCAGUGUCAUCAGACCCUAAUGACUUAUUGGCACUAACACCAAAGCACUUCUUGAUCGGAGAAUCAUUAACGAAUCUACCUGAACGCGAUCUAAGAGAAGUACCAAACAAUCGUCUCAACAACUGGGAGCUCAUUCAGAAAAUUCGCCAACACUUUUGGCAACGAUGGUAUAAAGAUCACCUGAAUGAGCUAACGAUGAGAAGGAAGUGGAAGUCAGCUGGGGCGGGUCGUCCAAAUACAUCCAGGCAACGAUGGUGUCAUCCGGGUGGCCACAAUCAAGACAGCCAGCGGUAUUCUGAAGCGUACUGUGAAGAAACUCUCUCCUCUUCCAACAGAAAUAAUGAGAUUGUUGAUCGGUAUGACCUCUCAAAGGUCCAGGAUGUUGCGUCGCAACAUGAUUAA